GAGCCCAAGGUCGCUCAUGUUUGCUUUUAAUUCUGUCAUUCUUCGAACAGAUCUUUCAGAACGUGUUCACGUCGUCGCUGUUACCAAAGGUGCAAAUGGAUCUUGUUCCACCAUUAGCUGCUGUUCAUGCAUGCAGCGUCCAACCAUUAGAAGAAUAUGACGGGCCUCGAGCGCCAUUGAUACGUCAAGUCUCCCUGGAUGAGGAACGUCGCGAUGACUGCCAGGGUCAUUGGCGUGGUCCAUAUCUUCAGGGCGAGGAGGAAGAAAGAGGAGUCAGGCUAUUUAGAGCGUUGUUGCUACAGCACUUGAGGUUAGAGGAACUCAGGCCCCCGCCAUGUAUGUUGGCGUCCGCAAAACCUGACCAAAGGGGCUGGUGGUUGUAUUGGCGAGACUGGAGGUCGUUAGAGCGGGCGGCCAGGAGAUUUAGGGAAACGAAAGCCAGGGCAAGAUUGGCCGAAAGGGCGGAGCACAUCCCUCUACUGAGCUUAGACGAAGUGGAAUUUGAGGAUAUUAUGCAAGAACUUUGCCAGGCUUGUGCUCACGUGGAACAGAGAGCCUUGGUGGUGUUAGCGUUCUUGUGCGAGGUUUGUGCUCGCGCUGUCAGAGUUGGGGGCUGGUGUAGAGCCGCGGAAUGGUCGGCCAAACACGUGGCCCAAUGCGCCACACCUUGGGCCAUACGGCAUGGUGGCUGGAGUCACGUAGUUGAACGUGCCGGCGGGGCGCGCAGAGACGAAACAACGCUACUCGCCGGCGCGGCGGUCGCGGCCAUACUGGCGUUUCUUUUGUUUUGUCGCGCUCGGCUGCGUCAAGCUUUGAUGUAACUACCCACAUCAUACAUUGGAGCGUCUCCCGGUGGUCGAUUCUGCGAAGCAUUGCUCUUGCUAGGGCCAGUGUUCCGGUUUGAGCCCCGUGAGCUCACCAACAUUUGUGAAGCUGAAAUAGUCUCUCAAGACUAUCAGCACAGGUAGAAAAAAAAAGGAGCGUCUAUAUGUAAAAUCUUGAACUGGCAAUACCAAUGUUGAAGGCUGGCCAAAUUGUCUUAGACAUGUCAACGAGAGCCUUAGUAUCUUUUGGAUAUACUUUUACAAGAAAAUGAAUGGGAUUGGAACGAUUUCUAAAUAAAUAUAUUUAUAAUCAUAAAUUACCUUAGUCGUAUAUGUGAUUAGGAAAUAUUAUGUAGUGAACAAUUAUUUUAUUAAGAAUGUUAUUGUUAUAUUAUAUUAAGGGACUUAGUUCAUGUACUAUGUUUGUUGUUCUUUGAAAGGUUUUAAUGGAUACAAUUCUUACUAUCUACGUAAUUUUGUUUUCUUCUGUUCAACGGCGUGGUUACUACAUUUGUAAAAGUUUGCAAUGUUAUCCUAUAAGGAUAUUUUAUGUAUGAACAGAGUGUGUCUUGAUAUAAACCACAACGCUAUAUUGUAUCUAUGUAUAUUUAACGAUACACACACUGGUAAGGUAAUGCAUUUUCAAUUGUCUGUACAAUUUUGUUUAAAGGAUAUCGCAAUAAUUAAAGUAACUGCAUAAAAUUAAACACAAAAUGUUUUGAUUUAAAUCCUACAUCUAAUUAACUUGAAAUAAAU